AUGGUCUUUUGCUGCUUCGGGGGAGGGCCGUCCGCACGUGAAAGCAAAGACACGAAAAGCCAUGACCUGAAGCCGGUGGCGAUGCGCGCGGUGGGGGCGGAGGGCGCGCUGCCGCGGUACUCGCAGGAGGAGCUGCGGCGGGCGACGGGCGACUGGCGCACCAAGCUGGGGGAAGGCGGCUUCGGCGCCGUCUACAAGGGCAUGCUGCUUCUUGGGGGGGGAGAAGGGGACGGGGGAGGGGAUGAAGAGGAUGAGGAGGAGGAGGAUGAGGAGGAAGGGGAGGAGGGAGUAGAGGAGGGAUUGGAUGAGUCGGAAGUGGUGGAGGUGGAUGGAAAACGGUUUCUUCCGGUGGCGGUGAAGACGUGUCAUAUUGAGGAGGAUCAAGACUCUGGGGGAAGGGAGCAGCUGAUGACGGAGAUCAUGGUAAUGACGGCUCUCCGCCAUCCCAACGUGUUGCGGCUGCUGGGAAUGGCCAUGUGGGGGCAAACCAUUUCAAUGGUCUCUGAGUUCGUCCCGGGAGGGGAUGUUUCUCAGCGGUUAGAAAAAG